GCCCGCCCAGCGCCCAGUCCCCGCUCGGAAGAUGGCGCGGCCGUCCGGGCGGCUGCUGUUCGAGCUGGCCCUGGACGCCGCCGCCUUCCUCGCCGCCCUCGCCUGCGCCUCCGCCCUCGCCGUCGCCCAGGGGGAGUUCAGCGGCCAGUGCGUUCUCUACGGGUCGGUGAGCUACAACGGGACGCUGAGCGUUAGACGCUCCAGCCACGUGUCUCUCUGCUACUUCAUUUCCAUCAUCUCUGCCCUGUCGGCCAUCUUCGCCUUCGUCUCUCUGCUCCGCGGCAUCUACAGCUGCUGCUACGGCGAUGGAGGCUUGGACCGCUUGUGGCUCAAGGGCUCCCUGGUGGCCUCCGCCAUCCUCCUCUUCUUUCUUCUCGUCUCCGCCUGCGUCCUCUGCGUCGGCCUGGACGCUUUCUGUGGGUCCAUUCGGCAAUCCAAAGCUGCAGCAAGCUGCCAAGAUGCUCAGCACCGUCCCUGGGUCCAACCGUAUCAUGCCGAAAGGUUCUAUGACAACCUCUACGUGGCCCAGGCAGCUGCCUGGGUGAACUUCUUCUUCUGGUUCUUGAUGUCGUUCCUGCUCUUUGUGGAAUGCAUCCGCAAAGCCCCCUACCAGGCCCUGCAGGAAGACACCCCCUCGAUCGUUGGUGACCAACCCUACUGAGGAUGAGGGAAGGGGGCACCAGGAGGGCCCCCUGGUUCAUCCUGCAGCCCCUCACCUUCCCUUCAGGCAGCAGAGGGCAGCAGCUUCCUUGCUCUGGCAAGGUGGCAAAUCUAGCUGAAGGAGUCUCCUUGCCUUGGGGUU